AUGGCCUCGAGACGAGCAUUUGUCCGCCUCUCUAUACGGUCAUCCGCUUCAGCAAUCGUCCGCAAACCAUUCUGCAGUCCUCAGACCUCGUCGCACCAUGGUCUCCGCGCACAGCUAUCGCCAGCCCCUGCGGCGCAAUUCCAGCAAAUACGAUGGCACUCAGCGCCACCGUCAAACUCCAAGGUGUACAACUACGAGCAGGUCAAAGCAAUAGUCGAGUCCCCCUCCGACGACACGGUGCUAAUCGACGUGCGCGAGCCCUCCGAGUACGAGGCCGGCUACAUCCCGACGGCGCUCAACGUCCCCAUCUCCUCGCAGCCGGACGCGCUCUUCCUGGCCCCCGACGAGUUCCAGGACCGCUUCGGCUUCAUCAAGCCGCCGCCGCAGAAGACGCUCGUGUUUUACUGCAAGGCGGGCGUGCGGAGCAGCGCUGCCGCCCAGUUGGCGCUGCAGCAUGGGUAUCAGAAGGUCGGGGAGUAUAGGGGCAGUUGGCUGGACUGGAAUAAGAGGGGCGGGGAGGAGAGUAGGGAGGGGCCGAGGGGACAUAAGGGGGGGGAGGCGCCGGUGUGA